UCGUGACCAUAGCUAAUCUAGAUCAUAGUCAAUCGUGACUUAAGUAUUGUACCAAUCGUUUAAUCAUGGCUUCAUCAAGGAAAAAUAAUCUGUUAACUGAUGUUCAAAGAUCCAUUUUGUCUCGGUAUUUUGACCAAGGCAUGACUGGAAAGGGUCAAGCCCACAACGAUCUCAUUGAACAGGCCAGUGCAGAAGCCAAAGUGACUAAGGAAACUGUAAAGAAUUGGAUUGGAAGCGAACGAAAGAAGAGAAAAGCAGCGGCAAGUUCGACUUCGAGUGAUCAAGAUACCGCACCGUCAGCAAAAAGCGUAAAAAGCAUCCCCUGCAUACGAGCUCCCACGUCAUACAAUAACUUUUGUAAGGAGCUGUUCAACAAAGAUCAGUGUCGAAACCUUUCUAUGGUAGAAAGAAAUUCGUUUGCUGCCAAAGAGUGGGCGAAACUCACUGCUGAAGAAAAAAUUUUAUAUAAGAGUUCGCAGAAUAUAGCGGGCGAGUUGAAUCCCGAAGAUAUUGAAAGGACCGUCAAAAAGAUAAGAGAUCAAAUAAUUAAGCUGGUAAACAUUCUUGAUGGAUAUGGCUGUUGCACUGCGGUACUACAAAAAGAUCCUGAUGGACAGUUGUUUGGUUUUGGAUCCCCUGCAGGUCAAGACUUUUUGUCAAGGAAUCCCGAGUUGAUGUUUAAAUUCAAAAGCCAUUUUGGUGGUGCAGACAACAAAGAUGUUACAUAUAAAGACAUAACAGCACUAUUCAACCAAAAAUACAGUAAGAUUGCAAUGAUUAUUGUAUGCAUGCAUUUGUGUGAUUCCAUUCCAUGCACGUUUUUGUGA